AUGUAUGCGAUCGGAAGAGCCCUGUGUAUUUGGCAUCUCGUUGUUUUAAAGUACAUUUCAUGGUCUGAAGCAAAUCUAGGAAUUGCGUUAAACGAUCCUUGCGCUUCGAAUCCUUGUUGGAAUGCUGGAACUUGUCUAAGGAAUGGCUCUUACUUCACUUGCAGUUGUCAAGUCGGAUUUCGUGGUCCGGCGUGUGAAUUUCGGUCUACUGAUUGCCCAGUAAACCUAUGCGUUAAUGGUGUUUGCAGUCUUACAGCUGGCACCCCAAAGUGUUACUGUACUCCAGGAUUUACAGGAAAAUUGUGCGAUAUUGACGAAGAUGAAUGCGCUUCUCAACCUUGCAAGAAUGGUGCUCUCUGUGUUGAUGAAAUCAACGGAUACAAAUGCGUAUGCCGAGACGACACAUAUGGCCGUCAUUGUGAGAUUCAUAAAAUAGACAUUAUGGAGUGCACUUCACGAUGUGACGAAAAGCCUUGCUGGCGAAAUCGUUCCGCUAUUAUACCGAUAAUCUGGGGAUAUGGCGACAGUAUCUGUAGCACAAGUCAUUCGUGUUUUGGUGGUGAGAAUGAUACGGAAGCAGACGUGUACGAUACUUUUGUGGAAGUACAGCUAAAGCCUUUGCAGAUUCAAGUCGGAGACACUCUUAAUUUCACUGCCGAUGAGGAAAUUUUGGCUUAUGUCGAUGGAUUUGUACCGCAUCGCGUCGUUACUACAAACGAAGCUAAUGCAUUCCUAACCUGUAACGAGAGCAAUGGCAUUCCACUUGUAAAUAAAUCCAUGGAUAGUGUUUCUGUGGGCUUAGACAUACUGAAUAUUGGAAAGCAUUAUUUUAUUGCUAACAUAGACUCUACUUUCCGCUGCGACUUCGGCUUGCGACUAAAUGUUAGUGUGAAAGAAAACAAUUGUAGGCCUCCAUCCACUAGUGAAAUGUGCUCUGGCCGAGGCCAAUGCUCGACAAACUUCAGUUUACCCGACUUCCGCUGCAAAUGUUGCGGUGGAUUUCGAGGACACUUUUGCGAAAAAGUAGACUAUUGUUUCUCGAAACCUUGCAAAAAUAACGCUCUGUGUCAAAACAUUGAGAGUUCAAAGGACGGCAACACACAUGUAUGUAUUUGCAAGGCAGGGUACAAAGGACGGGACUGUUCUGAAAUCAUUGACAAGUGUCUGUCCUCCCCGUGUCAAAAUGGUGGUAACUGUAUUCCAGAGGUGAACAACUUUACGUGUCAGUGCCUACGGGGCUUCAGUGGUAGGAGCUGUGAAGUUGAUAUUGAUGAAUGUGCUUCAAGUCCAUGUUUGAAUGGUGGCAGCUGUGUGGAUGGGGUUGGUUCUUUCCAGUGCAAGUGCCCUUCUGGGUUUACAGGUACAUAAUUAAACAUGUAGUAUGUCCCACUUUCUAAGUACGGGUUCUUAUACAUAAGCAACUGACAGUCGAAGGGUUAUCUGAAUAGCUGAGAAUAGUAUAGAAAACUUAUUUCUAGUGCCUGCUUGCUUGAUUUUUUUUAUGGUUUUGUUUUUGCACACGUGUCUGAGUGUCAUUUUUUGAUAUGAAACCUUUGGGUCUCUUUGUGGCUAGAACCUGUUAAUCCACAAUAAUAAUCCUUUAUAAUGCAUGAAAAACUCCAUCUGUUUGGAGUCUUUGAAAUGGCCCAUAAACCCAGUUCAUAAGUUACACCUGCCAAUAAGCCAUUUUGUGCAAUCCCUUAGAGCAUAAUUGAUGCAUUUGUUAGAGGAUUAAUCUGAAACAAAAUUUGACUCAGAUUAUGCUGACAAAUUCAUUCAUUGGCUCUAGCCAAAUAGUGACUUAAAGUUUGCAAAAAAAAUGUGAAGUUCAACAUUCUUGUUUACUGGUAAUGAGCUGUAAGGGUAUGUUUUUUCAAUGGCUCAUAUUUCACAUCAACAGGUAACUCAUUGCAUUAACAAAAGAGAUGUUGGUAUUAUAAUUUGUAUUAAUUAUUACCAGUUGAAUGCUGUUGUUUUUGUUGCUUUUUGACAAUACCACAGCUCAUGUAAAUUGAAGGUAUUGAAUGGAAAGUGAACCUAAUUUGAUAUAAAGGUAUAUAUUCUUGCUUAUGAGAAAAAGCAGGCUGCUCUUGGUUUUCAGUCAGUGGAGAGAAAUGAAGGAGUAGACUGGCAGCAAAUGGUGGUCAUGGUUGGUAGGGAAAUGGCUGUGAAACAACAACUUAAAAGUGUUGCUUUAAAAACCCUCCUCCAACACACCAGCUCUUAAAUAUAUCCUGUGAUUGGUUGAUAUGUCAGUUCAUAUCAACACUCACAUUUUCAUCAAUCACCUGCCCUGGCCUGGUGAAGGCUAAACUUUUCUAGAUUGAUCUUAAUUAGGCUUGAUUUUUACUUCUCUCAGCAGCUUAUAUAGUUAUUAGAUUUUUGGAUAAAUGUCUUGAAGGUUUUUCUGUACAUAGCAGUACUUGGAUUUGAACAAACAAUGCAUUUCUGUUCAUUCUGGGAUGUUGGACCAGAAUAAGUCUCAUUUCAGCAGUUAUUCCCCAUGAUGUUAAAGCAUGAUUUCACUCAUGAGUGAUCUUGUUGUACAUCUGCACUAACUUUGAUUUGCGCUUGCAGCCAAAGGAAUCAAAGAAAGCUUAAGGCAAAAGAGACCUAGAUCAAUGGCAACUAUGAAGUUACCCUUGUCCUUUUUUAUUUUCUUCAACCCAAUGAGUGUAAAACUGUAAGCACAUAGUUUUAUUGUCACAUCUUAGUGACACUUUAAAUAUCAUAGAGUGUUUUCUGGAUUUCAAGGCAAAUUUCCUUUUCAAAGUGAAAAACAUGUUACUAUAUUCUCUAAGUAUUUGAGGUAGACAUCUUAUUUUCUCUGAAAAAGGGAAAUGUUUCCUUUGGCCAAGGUAUUAGGAGCCACUUUAGGCCAAACUCAAUGUUGAUUCCCUCUAUAAGGAACCAGUGCUUUUUUUUUUUUUUAAACAACUGCCACCUUUUUCAAGAAAGGUGACAUUUUGUCUUAAAUAAUCUACAGGCCUGGAGUAAAUUGAGGGAGAAAUGAGAACUCUUAUAUGUUUCACUGAAAAUUUGAACAAGUUUACUUCCUCCCAACAUUUUUCUUUCCUCAGUCCCACAAUCUCUUGCAAGCACAAUCUUUCACUCAUCCCAAUAACUAAAAGCCUGUCACAGGUAAGGGCGAGGGCUUUAAAUUUUUUUUUAGGUUAUUUUUUGGAAAUAAAAUACUUUAAUUUAUGGUUUAUCACAGAGAAAGAAGAACUAAAUGUUGUAAGAUUGUGCAAAAGAAAGAUGGGUCACAGGUCUCUUCAAGAGCAAAAAAUAUUUUUCUUUUUGAUUGGCUCUUAGAUAACUGGUGACCUUUUUGUAUAAAUUUGGGGGUACAUUGCUUUUAGAUAUCUAGGCUAAAGUUUUCAGCAAACAGAAUUGAAAGUGCUACUCUAGGGUACUACUGCAACAGGCAAUCUUGUAAGCAGACAGCUUUACUUAAAGCCACUGUUUAGCAAAUCCUGGUGAACCACUAACACAAAAACUUUAUUUGGACAUUCUCAAUGGACAAUGCUAUUAGAGAUGAAUUAUGGAAAUGAACAAACCUGGCUUUCAAAUACUCAAACGAUAAAUUAUUUUAGUAAUGAGUAUAUAUUUUAAACUUGUACCUUUAAUGCUCUCAGAAAACUGUUUGCAUCUUGGAACAGAUAAUGUGCCUAAUAGAGGCUAUUGUGUUUAAUAUCCUUCAAAUUUUUUUUCAAAGUGCAUGAAAAAAUGUUCACAAACAGCUUACUCUAUGCUGUGUGGGAUGUUUACUUUUGAGUGUACUCUUAUGCAACUGAAUGAACAAAAAAAGAUUUCCCCUCUUCUGUAAAGACCACAAAACCCUCUCUCAUCUCCAAUUAAAUUUAAAACAAGGAAGUAAUGUAGCAGAGGUAGGGUGUGAAAGUUGGGGAAUAUCACUUGGGUGAAAUUCUUGGCUAUCACCCAGUUUUAGUUGGGGGAAAUUCAGUCAUGUGCUGAGUUUUGAGCCAUUGUGCUUGAUCAAAAAUAUUUGAUGGAUCAUAACAGAACAGAAUAAUGUACAUAUAUUUUUUAACAUGUACCUCUCUGGGCUUUUAAAAGUUUUUCUGGAUUAUCACUAUAAAUGCUGCAGACACUUUGUAUGUGCCCAGGCAAACAAAAUCAACAACAGCUUAGAGGUUUGGACUUGAUAUGUGCUGAGCAUUUAAAAUAGAGACUGAAGUCUGCUUUUUGAUUUGAUGGUUAAGUUCACUGUUCAAACUGAGGUUUUAUUGUAAUUUUUUUGUAAAAGGACUGGAUAACAGUAUAACUUGAUGCAGAGCAAGAGGUCAUAAUAAAAUGUAGCUGAGAUGAAUGUGACAUGGAUUGGACAAAACAGCCAUAGAGGGUGUUUUGUUUUCUUGCCUGUGGGAGUAAGAAUUAUUGUAAAGAACUUGAAAUGGAAUGGCUUGCAAAUUAUGACACAUGAGAAAUCUCUGUCUGUGACAUUGCAGGGAAGGGUAAUGUGUUUCUUAUUUUCUCCUAGGCUCUCACUGUGAAGUUGAUAUAGAUGAAUGUUUACAUUCUCCUUGUGCUCAUGGUACAUGUAUUGAUCAAGUAAAUGGCUUCAAAUGCCAUUGCUCACCUGGAUAUGCAGGGAUCAAAUGCGACUACAACCUUAAGGAAUGUCUUUCCAAUCCUUGCCAGAAUGGAGGAAGUUGUAUCGAUGAAGUUGGUGGUUACAGAUGUGAUUGUGGUAUGGGGUUCAGUGGAGAUCACUGCCAAAUUGAUAUAGACCUCUGUCAGGAGCCCAUGAUGUGCAUCAAUUCUAUAUCUUGUCAAGACAAAGGUCACAGUGUCAAGUGCUCUUGUAAAGCAGGUUUUACAGGUUACAACUGUGCAGUUAAUAUUAAUGACUGCCUUUCUCAUCCAUGUAAGAAUGGUGGCAUAUGCAGAGAUGAAGUGAAUGGUUUUGAGUGUAUCUGCCCUGAUGGGUUUUCUGGAAAAAAAUGUGAAGGUAAAGUUUGGUUGAACUUUUUAUUUUCAGUUUUCUUUGUUACUGUGAAUUGCAGUAUGAAGUGUUUCUGAAGUGUUUUGAUUGAAUUGGUAUCUGCACAUUUACAGGGUCUACAAAAGCAACACCAGUCAAACAUUUUGAGCGACAGUUUUCUCUCAAGCUAAUGACAGAAGACUGCAAACUUCUAGAGGUACUACAUAACAAACAUUUGUUAUCAAUGUGACAAAAACAUUUGGUCUGAAAUUUGUGUGUCACUUGUAUGUAAUGUAGUUAAGGUUUUCAUUAAUUUGUCACCUCUACCAACCAGUUCAUCAAAGGAAUGAAAGGGGUAAGUUUCUAAAGAAACUGUGGUGCUGUGUCAGUGGGAAAGUAUAACAGGUAAUUUAGUAACAAUGCAUCACCAUACUCCCGCCAAUAGUGUAGCUCCAUUUCCUGCAUAUCAACCUGCACACAACCCAUAAUUCUUCCAAUUGCUCUGACGAAGGGCUAAUGCUUGAAACAUCAGCCUCCAAACUCUUUAUGGUGGCAAGUUUAACACUAAACUACUUGUUCAUCAAAAGGUUUUAAGGCUGGUAUGAUAAUCAAAAUUAGAUGGUGAAAAACUUUUUGCAUUUAAAGCCAGCAGAACUUCAAAUUGGGACUUGCAGUCAUGUAGCAAGCUGUUAUGUUUAACUUAUAUAGUGUUUAUGGUCUAAAGUUAGAGUGGGAUAAAAAGAAGAGGCUGUAAUGGCCUUGACUUGAGUAACAUUGUAACAAGUAACUGAGUGAGAUACUGUGUCCUGAAAGUAAGUGAUUCUGUGACUUUUUGGAAGCUUUUGGAGCUAUCUCUUGAAGUGAGACCAAAGUAUGAGUACCCUGUUCCAUAAGAGAAAGAUGAUUCAAGAAUAUAUUAUGUAAUUGACAUUCAACCAAUAAUUAAGUGGUAACAAGUAAUAAUAUUAAUAAUAAUGAUAACAAUAGUAAUAUGAUAAUAAUUUAGAGGGGCUACCUUGAAAGCCUCACAGUUCCCCUAUCCUUUGGGCUCCAACAAUAAUUACAUAUGUUUCUUUUAAUUUCACCUGUUAAUUAUAAAUAGUUUCUUAUUUUAUUGAAAUUCCAUUUUUUGAGACUUUUGUUUCAUACAAAAAAGCAUUUGGUGUUUUAGGAUAUUCAGUAGUUCCUUGUCUUAGAUAUUCUGCCAUUCUGCUGAUCCACCAUUCAUCUGUUUGAUCGUUCUGUAUAGAUAAUAACACAAGGUAUUGCAUUUAGCAGCUUGCUUGCUUUGCAAAUUUAGUGGCUCUUUUUGCCAUAAGUUGCCAAUUAAAUGGUAAAAUGCUUUCUUUUCAAAGGAAAAAAUUUCCUCAAAGCUUUCAUGAUUUGCAGAUCACAUCUAUUGUGAUACUGCAACAUCAGGUCAUGAACAUUAAGUAUACCAUAUCAGACCCCAAAUGCGGGUUUCAGACUACAAAAUCAGGUCCAAAACUUUAAUGAGACACAUGAGACGAUGCACAACAUCUUGGCCUAAAUAAUAAAAUAGCAUAUCAGACCCCACACUUUUCAGCAGGCCAUGAGCAUUAAAAAAUACCAUAUCAGACCCCAUGGUUUUCAUGUGGGUUUGAGACUCCAACAACAGUUCCCAAAAAUUUAAAAUUACCCAUCACACUUUGCACUUUUCAUGUGAGACCACAACAUCUGGGUCAAAACAUUGUAGAUACCAUAUCAGACUCCUCGCUUUUCUUGAGUUUGCAAGCAUUAAAAUACCAUACCUGACCACACACUUUUCGUGAGAGACUAUAACAUCAUGUUGGUAGCAUUAAAAUAUACCACACCAGAGCCUACCCUUUUUGUGUGGGCACAAGACUUCAACAUCAGGACCUGGACAUGAAGAUUGCCGUAUCAGAUCCCACACGUUUCUCACAAGAAUACAACAGCUGGUUGAGAGCAUUAAAAAUACCUUAUCCCAUGCUUUUUUGGGCAUAACUUGUAGGAGAGUAAAUGAAGUAUUUACUGUUUUAGCUCUAAUGUCAAACUACUGAGAUACUCUGAAUUCUAUUGUAACACUCACUCACUCACUCAUGCACUCACUCUCUCACUCAUGCACUCACUCUCUCACUCACUCACUCACUCAUGCAAUCAUGCACCCACUUGAUGACAUAAGUGGCUUUGCCUCCUACAGGAAGAGGUAGCCACAAAAAGUUACAAGUACAAGAAAGCCUCAAUUGGGAUAGUUUGAAUAUCUUUUGCUCUUCAAGUCUCUUUAAUUGUCUAGGAUAUUUUACUUUAACUAACAAAUUUGAAUAAAGGAGGGGAAUAAGUUUUUGUUUGUCAUUUAUCAUCAUGUAUUAAGUAUAAAGAAUUAUUACCAUAAUAUUUACAAUUUUUUGUUUGUUUGUUACUCACCAGGACUCCCAGGAUAUGAUACACAUUAACCAGGGUAUAGCUUCCUACAUGGCAAAAUCAUGCAAUUGCAGUUUUGACAUAGGGAAUAUAGUGAAUGAGAGUGUACUGCUCCAGUGUAGAGACAGCAUCAGUGCUGAACUUAGUAUGGAAAUAAAGCCAGUUGAAGAACAUUCAGUUCAUCAACUGAUUUGUCAGUUUUACAUUCUUCUUAACUGGAGCAAGAAUGUCAUAGACUUGGGUAAGUUGAUUUUUGUGACGCUGGUAGUUCUUUGUAGUACUUUUGUAGUACUGCACCAACAAUAUGAAAGCAAGUUCAAUUUACUUUCCUACUUUGGAUGGCUGCAUUUGUCCUGAUAAUGGUAAAUGAUGAAUGUUAACAUGUUUGUGAAAGGUAAUCUUUAAUUGUAGAGUAAACCUGUCAACUGAAGAUCAUAUCCUAGACUUCAUAAUUUAUAGUUAUUAGAGUCUCUAAAUUUGAAGCAUCACAACACUGUAACCAACAUUGACAGACACAUCUUUUACUUCAACUUUCAACUUUGUUGAAAAUGUAACAAAAUUGUUCACUUUUACUUUUUUGGAAACUGUUAGUAACUUUUAUUUUUCCAGGCUACAACUCAUAUGCAGUGAGGGUUCUUAGUGAUGUGUCAUCAUGUGGUGCCAUCAAUGUCACUGAUGGGGGCUCUGUUCAGGAUAGCAGUGCUCCAGAGGAAGAUGAAGACACACAUAGUUCAGGAAAUAUUGCUGUAACUGUAUCAUCUGUAUGUGCUGUCCUAGGCCUUAUUGCAGCUGCUGUUGUGGUUUGCGUGAAGUGCAGAAGAGCAAUUCCUUCACCAGGCAAAAAGUAUUCAUCCAAGUAAGUGUUUGGUAAUCUUUUCUAAUUGGUUUGUUUGUUAAAUGCAUGUAUACAUAUAUAUAUAUAUAUAUAUAUAUAUAUAUAUAUAUAUAUAUAUAUAUAUAUAUAUAUAUAUAUAUAUAUAUAUAUAUAUAUAUAUAUAUAUAUACAUAUAUAUAUAUAUAUAUAUAUAUAUCUGUUUUAAAAAACUUUGCAAUUUGAAAAUUUAUAUUAAAGAUAUACAUUUAUAUCUAUAUAUCUUUUGUUUUCUCAUCAAAAGGGUGAUAAAUGAUGCAUACAUAAUUCACAUCAAAGUAACAAUAUCUUAUUGUUUGAGAGUCACUGUGCAUACUUACAUUGUUUUGCACCGGCCUUUGCAUGGUGCCAUCUAAAUAAUGACCAGAAAUUCUUCAAUAUUGAAUUUUUUUAACGUACAUUUGUUUUAGGGGUCAUUCAUCACCCAAACUACCAUUUCCCCAUUCUGUUGAGCCAUUUUGAAAGAAAAUCUGUAGCUUGUAAACUCAAAGCUGCAACAUUAAAAAGUGUUCUAACUGUGGAAUAUUAUACCAUGUCCAUGUCAGCAAGGUUACAAAACAAAAGCCAAGUUAAACAAUAAGGCAGAACUUCAUAAUUUCGUCCAGGCAACUUGGAAUCAUAAAAUGAACAUAUUUUGUAGAAUGUGAACAAUGACAGCGGAGUAUGCUUCCUUGUUUAUGCUCAAAAUACCUGGUACUUUAUGUAUAAGAAGUUGUUAGAAACUGAAAUCUUAAGCCAAUCAUGACAAUUUCAAAACAAAGAAAAAUAUAUAUAUAUAUAUUUUUUCCGUUUUACAGUGCUCGAUACGUAGGUGUAGAGCGAGAUAUAUGCUGCGAUAGGGGAAAAAAAACAGAGAGACUAUACUUUCAUCCCUACAAGCCUGUUUCGUGAUUGCUCACUCAUCAGGGGAUUUUAUUGUUAAGAAUAUUCAUACCAUCGCAUAUGUACUUUACAAAUUUGCAUAACAGGCGUGUCGCUUAAUUUAGAUGCUUAGUUCAAUUGUUACGCAGUAACGCUUUGUUUCUGUUGCGGCAUGAGGACACGAGUUCAUCACGUUUAUUGAGUGAUGAUAAUUCGGGUCGGCGGAUGAUGAGUAAUUUUUCUAUGAAGCAGAGGUUGCAUCUUUUGUUUGCGCUGUUGUUGGGUGAUCUUGAUGAAAGGAUACGCUUUGAAAUAAAGUGGUUUAUGUUAUUUUCUUUAAGAAUCCAGAUAUGUUUGCUGAGUUCGGUAGAGUUUCUGUGUUUUGUGUGUCGGAAUGAUGCGGUGUGGUUUCUGUAUCUAGUCUUGAAGUCGUUUUCUGUAAGUCCAAUGUAUGUUUCAUUGGUACUGUUGUCCUUACGUGUGACGGUGGCUUGGUAGAUAAGAGAUGAUUUGAGGCAGUGUGUGUUCUUCUAUCGGCAGUUGCAAGUUUUGGUGUCUUUUGUGUUGGUGUUAUCGGCGGUGUCAUUGAUGUGUUUGGAUGAAUAUAGAAUACGUUUGUUGUCUUUGUCGACGAUCUGUUUCGUGCCAUUCAUGCAGCUGUAACUGAUCUUGAUUUUGUUACGAUUAAAGAUUUUUCUAAGACUGUGGUCUUUCGGAAAGUGCUUGUCUUCUAGGGCCCAUACCAUACCACCAUACCAAAAGCAGCCGACGAAUGCGGAUACCGGUACACUCUACACUACGAACCACCCACGACUAACAAACGAAAAAACAGACAACAGAACAAAAUACUCUGGUACAACCCCCCAUUCAACAGAAACGUCAGCACCAAUAUCGCACACAGAUUCCUUGCCCUAGUAGGCAAGCAUUGUCAUAUAAGUGCUUAAUUAUAAUGCAAUUUGUCCAUUCCUGGUGUUCAACGGUACAACUGAGAGUAAAACUGUUCGGUGUGUACAUCUGGAAGACUGUUCUACUGAAUGUCGCUUUUCUUAGAUUGUUGUUUUAUUAUAAUUAUUAUUGAAAUAUGCAACAAAGCCUUUGUGAAAUUUCUAAGUUACUGCGUUGUCCACUAUGUUGUUCACCGUCAAGUUAUUUUGAACAAGGAAUGAUUAAAGAUCAUUGGUUCAUAAUCUAUGCAAUCAUACACGUAUUUAGCUGAAAAACUUGUCUACUUGAAAUUCCACAUGGAUCUUAGCUCUUUUGUACAAACACUUCCAUAAAAAACUUAACCAAUUAGGUUUAAAAGAUGAGAAAUAGAAAUUCUUGCUAUUUUUGCGCAGUAACUGCUAAAUGCAUUUUGCCACUUCCAUCUUCCUUCAAUUUAACAAAAUGAAAAAAAAAUUGCAAACAUAGUUUACGAGAAUGAAAAGGGGUAGUUGAGAAAACUUUUUUGUCAGGCUGUGAGCAGUUGCCAGUCAUAGUUAUUGCUUUGAUGAAAUUUGACUUAUCUUUAUAAAGACAGAUCUUAAUACAGUUGCUGGUGAAAGUGACUCUUAAUUAUUCAUGCCAUCAUUUAAUUAUAAAUGUACUUGACUUAACUAUAGAAAUUUGUAUUAACUAUAAUAUCAAACUAGAUCUAAGAAUUAAGUAUAUACACAAUGUUUCAAUAUAACAUAACCAAGAGUGUAGCUGCAAUAAUUUGCUGGAUUUUUCUUUUAACAGAGGCGAGAAUCAGCUGAUAGAAGAUCUGAGUGCUGAUCUACUCACUGCCGUUGCCCCUACUCCCAAGUCCAUGUAUCGCACUAGUGGUGGUUAUCAUAACAUGGCGUACUCUGGACGAUUUAAUCCUGAAAACCCUGUUAAAUCCCGCAGAGUGUGAAGUGACCUUGGAAUAUUAGCUUCAUAUGUGGAUAGUUUCACGGCCCCUGCUUGAAUUUUACUUGUAAAUAGUAAUAUGAAAAUCGCUCAAACCCCCUUAUGUAGAUAAUAGCGUAGAAUAUACAUUUUUAAAUUUUGGAUACAAGAAAUACAGAAAGGUUUGUCUCUACACUAUUUCCUUAGAAAGGUAUUGUUAUGUACAUGUACGUUAUUAUAAUAAGAGAACUCCCUUGCUGAGUUAGAGUUACUGGGAUUCUAUUGUGGUACAUGUUGAAAAAAGGAGUUGUUAAAAGGAUGAAAUAACCACACUUUCCAUUAUUUGUUAGCUUUGAAUCAUGUUGACUGGAUUCCUCAGAUGCUUUGAUCAGUUGAGAAAAAAGAAAGUGUCUCAUUGGUAGAUAUAAGUGGCAUCUAGUGAUACUACAUGUAUAUGGUGUCAAGGGGGAAAGUUUACUGUAAAUGGGAAGGAAAAAGUUCCCCAUAAGUAAGCUUAUUUUUCUCCGAAUCUCGAGGAACAGAUCCAACGGAAAAAUGCAGAAGUAUUUGCUAUUUACUACACUUGGAACAUGUUUGUAUUACUUAGCUUCUGAAUGGCAUUAACAAAAAUCCAAUUCUUUUAGUUUUCCAUCUGCGUGAACAUGAGUCUUAGUGUUAUAAGAACUGCAUAUUGUGACUUACAACCUUACUGUCAUGUCUUCUCUCGGUGAUUGAUUUUAUUUCAUUUGACUUGUUAUUUUCAAUGUUUUAGCUUCUUCGCCGGGGAUGUCAUAUUUUCUUAGUGAAAAGCUAAGUUAAAUUUCUGCAAACUUAAAAAAAAGUUUAUUACGUCUGAGGAGUGGCAUUUGUCAUUAUAGGUGCAGCUCAAAUACGUUCCUAGCUUUUGAAUACUUCUUCUUGAUUAAGUUAAGUAGGUAUUCGGAAAACACAAAACCAAUUGCUUGUAUUACUUGUCAACCUCGUGUUUAUAGUUGCAUGAUUUUAUCAUGAAUUUUGAUCGUUUUUUGGCAUGUACAUUGAAAUGCAUUUUGUACACUUAAUAAAAAAAUCACUGCUGGAUGUGUACCAGAGUUCCUUUUUUUCAAAAUGUGUGAGAAUUAAGGUAUCACAGAAGGAAAAUAAGCGUUUUCGUUCAAUCUGAGAUAGCGCGAAAAUUAUGUGCCUUACCCUAUACGAGU